AUGGCUAAGAAGAAGUCUAAAAAGGCUGAAUCCCCACAGCCAGAAGCUGCUGCAACUACUAGAUCUAGAGAAUCUAGGGAAGAAGCGGAGAAAAAAAGGAAAGCCAACCGGCUUUUGGUCACUAAUAGUAGCACCUGGACGGGGAAACUGCCUGUGAAUCUUUUGCAUGAGCAUAUUCAGAAGAGAAAAUGGAAUAAGCCGGAAUACGAUAUGAAGAGAGUGAAAGAUGGCUUUAUUGCUGUAGUCACUUUAAGCUGGGAGAAUCCUAAAACGAGAGAGACAUUGAGAAUCAGGUUUGAGCCUAUUAAAGAAGUCGUUGAACCUCAGGAAACUCCUCUAGAGGCAAGACAUUUUGCUGCAACCUACUGUCUUCAUAGACUCGCAUUUAGUAAAAAUAUACAUAUGGUGCUACCUAAUAACCAUAAGGAUUUUUGGAAGGACCUUGAAAGCUAUAGAAAGGACAUGGAAAAGAAUAAACCUUACAAAUACAAAUAUGAAUACACAGAAGAACCAUUUCAAAUGCUAUUGGAAAAAAGGAAAGAUGAAGCAGAAGCUCAAAAACAAAAAGAGAAAGAAGCUAAUAAUCCGCAGAAACUAAAGAUAGAUAGAAGCAAAAAGAUUCCUGUUAACUACUCCACAAGAAAUGAGGUAACGUUUCCCAGAAAGGUUUGGGAACAGUCACCGUUGCUGGAUCUCGGCUUUGCUUUUAGAAGGAAGAUCGAAAAACUGCUGAGCGGAAGCUGGCAGAAGCUAUUUGAAGAUAAAAAAGCUUCAAGGCCCGAGUAUGUUGACAGCUUAACGUUCUUAGGAUUUAGAAACGCCCAUAUUGAGGAAUGUUUACUGUACACAAAUAACUUCAAUAACUCACUAGAAUGGCUUUUAUUCAAUGUUCCGGAGGAUGAUUUGCCUCCUUUUUUUCAACGCGAUGAAAGAGACUCUACUGUUGAGAUUAAGCUGAGCAUUGACUCCAAAAAGGAUAAUAUAAUCAAAAGACUAAAAGCCGGUGGCUUCGAUGAGGAACAAGUGAUGGAAUGCUACCGGUCAGAUGAAGUUGAUGCCGCUAUUGCUCUAACAUACGAGUUGGUAAAAUAUGAACCACCAACAACUGAAGCAUCUGAUGACCUCAACAUUUGGGAGGAAGAAAUUGAAGCAAUCACCAGCAUUAUUGAAGAUCGAAUCAAAAAGACUGGCGAUAAUAUUGUGGAAUUUGAAUUGGAUUUGGAGAAUUGUUCCCAGUGUUUUAUACUACGAGUUUUCAAAUCACCUGGCUACCCUUCAACUCUCCCCGGUAUCCACAUUCUGACUCCAAAUGAGAAAGUAGCCAAUUAUAUCAAACAAUCGAUCAUUCAACAACUGGUAGCAUACUUACAGGAGAACUCCAUAAUUGGAGACCAAAUGUUGUACUCCAUGUUUUCAUGGUUAGAGGAGAAUAUUAGCAAGAUCAUAGAGAAUCCUGGUCCUUUGAUAAAGGACGAUAUUUUCGUUACCGAUGCACAAAUAGCAUCCGUAACUGGCAAGUCUAAGAGCAAAAAUAAACAGAGAAAGAAGCAUACUGACGUAAGCAGGAUUAAAGCUGAUUACGAACAAAGAGUUGGUCUCAUUGAUCUUGAAUCAAGGACAAAGCUGCCUGCUUGGUCCCACAGAAAUCGAAUGGUGGAAAUUUUAGAGGAGAACGAAAUCGUAUUGGUAACUGGUGAAACGGGUUCCGGAAAAUCAACACAAAUUGUUCAGUUCCUUUUGGAUCACAUGAAUGCUCAAAAUGACUUUUCAUCGCAGAUUAUUUGUACACAGCCACGAAGAAUUUCAGCCAUUGGACUGGCUGAGAGAGUUUCAGAGGAAAGAUCUGACAAAUGUGGCAAGGAAACCGGUUACAUCAUUCGUGGGGAAAACAACACUGGCAAACUCACUAGGAUAACAUUUGUCACCACUGGUGUUUUAUUGAGAAUGAUGCAAAGCUUGUUAAAAGACGAUGAUUCCUCUUUCGACCUAGAUCAAAUCAGAUAUAUAUUAGUUGAUGAGGUUCAUGAACGUUCAAUUGACAUUGAUGUGGCACAUACUCAUAUUGAAGGAAGAACUUACCCUAUCAAAGACUUUUAUCUUGACGAGGUUAUCAACCUUAUCGAUUACAAAAUUGAGAGAAACAACGAGCUGGUAACCCCAAAUCCUAACUCAGAUUUUUUCAAGUAUAGACCUUUGGACCUUGAUCUAAUUGCUAAACUGGUUUUUAAGAUCGAUUCCCAGCUGAACAGUUCUGGAUCAAUCCUGGUUUUCCUUCCUGGUGCUAUGGAGAUUAAUAGUUGUAUUCGAAAAUUGAAAUCGGCUUUCAAUGAAGGAUCUCUUUGGGCCCUUCCUCUACAUUCUGCUCUAUCUUCCAAAGAUCAAAAAAAAGUAUUCCAGAAACCUCCAAAAGGUGCUAGGAAAGUUGUGCUUUCUACAAAUAUAGCAGAAACUUCCAUCACCAUUCCGGAUGCUGUGGUAGUCAUCGAUUCAGGAAGAGUCAAAACAAAUGUUUAUGAUACCAAAUUUCAUUCGACUAAGCUUAUUGAAACAUUGUGCUCCAAAGCAGAGGCGACGCAACGAAGAGGUAGGGCUGGACGUGUGACAAGCGGACUCUGUUAUAAACUCUAUUCGAAAGAAACCGAACUGGAAAAUAUGCGUGACCAUCCAGUACCAGAAAUUAUGCGAACCAGACUUGAAUCCAUUUAUCUGAUUGUGAAGUCUAUGGGUAUAUCAGAUGCAAGGGAAUUUUUGAAAACCGGUAUUGACUCUCCUGAUGACAACUUACUGGAUAACGCUAAACAGUUCUUGCAUGACAUCGGAGCUGUCUCCGAAGAUAAGCUCACUCACCUGGGUGAGUAUCUUUCUAUGUUGCCCGUAGACCUUCACUCUGGUAAGUUAAUUAUUUUCGGUACAUUGUUGGGAGCCUUGGAGACAAGUUUGACAUUAGCUGCCAUCGCAACUACCGGUAAUCCGUUCAUUGAGAAUAAGGAAAAUGUGAGGGCGGUGAAACGAUCAUUUGCAAACGGUAAAGGAGAUUUGAUGGCAAUAGUGGAAGCUUAUGUUCAGUACUCCAACCUGCAUACAUCGCCUUAUAAGUGGUGCGAACAAAACUGUCUGUCUCCAAUGGUAUUGAAAGACAUUUCCUCUACAAGAGAUCACUAUUUAUCUAUUUUGGAAGAUAUUGGAUUCAUUCCCCUGAACUAUACAAGGGAUCAUCAAGUGCUGAACAGAAAUGAUUCUGAUUUCAAAAUAGUCAGUUCUAUUAUAACGGCCUCCUUCUACCCAAAUAUUGCAAAGGUAAACUACCCUGAGCUAAAGUACCUAAAGAGUUCUGCGGGUACGAUUGCACGUGAAGCAGAUGCUAGAGAAACCAAGCUCUUCAUGAAAAAUCAAAACUAUACCAUAGGUUCAGAGGCUCUACCUUCAAAUCGCUGUUUUAUUCACCCAGGAUCAAGUCUAUUCGCAACAUCCGAUGCGGUGUCAUCAGUAGCAGAACUUCAACUUUUUGACAAGACUGAUAUUGAUUCAUCCAAAAUAGGUUCAGCUAAGCUUCCUUCACAAUUGCACUCAGACUUCGCUGUGUAUCGUUCUUCCCAGGUCUCGGUUCGGGAUCAAAACACGAAGAUUUAUUUGAGAGAUAUAACCCCAACUUCGAGUUUGUCUGUCACAUUAUUUGGUGGGAAGAUCACUUAUAACCUGAAUACCAUUCUUGCAGGUCGAAAGUCCCCUGGUAUUGUAAUAGACUCAUGGAUUCCAAUAGUGACUUGGUCCAAGAAUGGAGUCUUACUUCACCGGCUAAGAAUAGCUUUGGAUGAAGCCAUCAAGGUCAGAUUGUCUAAAGCUGCUUAUAAUCAUGUACAAAAUGGAGGUGACAAUGUCCUCGGAUUAGUUGAGGAACUUAUUAAAAACUUUAGAUAUUAG